CCUAAUGCGCAUGUCCAAAUAACCUCAUCUAUUCCACGCCUUAAUUCAUCCACAUAAAUUGUAACAUUGUGAACCCACUUCUACAAAAGCAUCAGUGAAUAAACACAAAAUUGCUGACCAAUGGCUUACUUUAUUGUUUAGUUCGUGUUUGCUAACAUUAAUCUUUCGGUAAUUUUUAAUUCAUGAAACGUCGAUGUUGCACAAAUGUGUCAGAGGAGGCGUUGUUACAGCGUCGAUAUUCUUUAGGGAUGAUAGAUCUUCUGUGACGUCGAAGUGCAGCAUUGUUCAUAUGGAAAUUAGUAAAAACUAUGUAAUCCCCGUGUGCUAAAGUAUUGAGUGAGUGAAAGAUAAAAUGGUAAAUGACGCACAAGUACAGUCGCCGCCAGAUUUGGAUGCGCGUGGCGACGAACGCACAAACCAAAAGUGUGAUGUAAAUAGCAGUGUUAAAGUUUUGGAGUAUAAGGGACUGCUGUGGACAUGUGGUUUGAGGCAAAUUUGUUUAACUGCACUCUGGCUUCCAUUAGGUGCACUAAUAUUUUGUUAUGUGACUGCGUCUAUGUUUCAAGCAGAUGACAUACACGAAACACAUUGUAGGGUUUACAAUGUAGUACCAUCAAUUAGUGCGAUUACCGGAAUAAGUCCACAGAGAUACGUUUGGAGAAUAUGCAUCGCUUUCCACUUAGGACCAAGGUUGUUGAUAGGUUCCUUAUACUACAGCUACCACAAAGAGCGCACCGCUCACAUCACCGACGAAAAGGCUCGAAUUACAGCAACUAAAUUAGGAAAAGCCUGCUAUUGGUUAAAUUUUAUAGAGCUGUUUGCGCUUACAGGCGUCACAUAUAUUUCCAAUAGGGAGAACUAUUUUGUUCACGAGAAGAUAUUCAUAGUGUUCAUGGUGGCGGCUUUGUUGCACAUGCUAUGUCGCGCGCGCGUCGGUUGCAUCGCAAGCGACGUCGUAGAGCCAGUGAGGACUAACAAACUCGUAUGGACGCUGUUUUACGUGGCUAUAGCUUCCACCGUGGGACUCAUUAUAUUCUUCUUGCGACAUCGGCUGCUGUGUCGACCUUUAGCCUUCACGUGGUUCUCAAUUUGUGAAUACAUCUUGGCGACGGCGAACAUGGCAUUCCACGCCAUUGUGGUCCGCGACCUGCCCCAGCACGAACUGCAAGUGAUGUGUCCUACUCACAGUAAGACGAACUGAACGUGUACAUACAUAAUUUGAUUGUGGAUGGAUUCGGUCAGCGACGUGUAACGGAAUAUGGAUAUUUGGAUUGACUAUACUUUGGCUUAAAAUGGCGAGAUUACAAAAAAUAUUGAUCAUUCGCUUCCAAAUUUUACAUAAGUACGACUUUAAAGUGAGGCUUCCAUAUUAAAUUUUUUUAAUCUUC